ACUUUAAAGAUUUUAAUAAUAGUAUAUAGAGAACUUAUAACAGUAAAUAGAGGGUUUACUUAUAUAGGGGGAGUAAGCUAUAGGAAAAAUAUUAUAAGGCUACUAAAGGUUUAUAUAAUUCUUAUAAUUCUAACCUUUAGUAGCGUUAAUAUACUAGAAUGCUAUAGAUUUCUUAGGUAUUUAUUACUUCUUUAUAGGAAGAUUCUAAUUAAAGGUUCUUCUAAUAAAGUUAGUAUAGACUUUAAUUUAAUAAAGGCUUCCUAUAAGGUAAGUUCUAUAAUAAUUAUAAUAGUUUUAUUAGUAAUCUAA